AUGGGAGCAACGAAAUUCACGAUCAAUGGGCUGGGAGACAGUCCGCAUUCCCAACUGGAUUCAUCAGUCAUACCGAUCCGCCGGGUUCUGGAGACAAGGUCUUCUUCUUGGUCUAAGUUGGGCCUGGAGAAUAGUCCCUGUAACAAAAUGUUGAAGGACUUUGCGCCCGAUGAUCUCAAGCUGGUUCGGUCACACACAGAACUAGCCCAGACCGCAAAUGGUGUUCGCAUGUUGACGAAAAAUUUGGCUAAGGCUAAUAUCCAACUCCACGUGCAAGCAAUAAUGAUUGUGACCAAGGCUCGGGACAACUCCUUGAUAUAUCUCACCCGAGAAAUAGCAGAAUGGCUUCUAAAUCGUAAGGAUGACAUUGUGGUUUACGUUGACUCCAAUCUCAAGGAUCUGCGCAGAUUCGAUGCUACUGGACUCAUGCGGGCUUACCCGAAGGCUUCAUCCAUGUUAAAGUUUUGGACAAAACACUCAGUUGCAAAGCAACCCCAAAAGAUAGAUUUAUGUAUUGCAUUAGGAGGCGACGGAACUGUGUUGUAUGUCCUGAGUCUUUUUCAGCAAAUCGUUCCCCCUGUCUUGUCGUUUGCACUCGGCUCCCUUGGGUUUCUCACCAACUUCAGAUUUGAGCAAUUCCGAAAAGUCCUCACGACAGUCCUAGAUGAUGGUGUUAGUGCAUAUCUACGCAUGAGAUUCACAUGCCGUGUCUAUGACUCCGAAGGCGUUUUAAAACGAGAGCAGCAAGUCCUAAAUGAGUUGGUCGUUGAUCGUGGUCCAAGCCCAUAUGUCACUAACUUAGAAAUUUUUGGAGACGGUUCACUUCUCACCAUUGCACAGGCAGAUGGUGUCAUCAUCGCUACCCCCACGGGCUCAACUGCAUACUCUCUAUCAGCAGGAGGUUCUUUGGUUCACCCUGGCGUAAGUGCAAUCAGCGUCACACCAAUCUGUCCACAUACACUUUCAUUCAGACCUAUUCUUCUACCCGACGGAAUGUGUCUUAAGGUCAAAGUGCCCUCCAGUAGCAGAUCGACAGCUUGGGCAUCUUUCGAUGGUAAAGUGAGGACAGAAAUGAGACGAGGCGAUUAUGUAACUAUCCAGGCGAGCCCCUUCCCGUUCCCAACGGUCAAAUCAUCUAAAACCGAGUUCAUUGAUUCUGUGAGUCAAAACUUAAACUGGAAUGUGCGUGAACAGCAAAAAGCAUUUUCUCAUUACUUAACCGGCAACACCAAAUCAGCGUUCGAGAAGUCGAAUGAGAAGAACGACUUUUUGGAAAUGAAUAGCAAUUUGAGCGAUGAGAUAUUUGACAUUGAAUACAGUGAUGGUGAUGACAUUAGCUCAAGCAGCGUAUCUAAUUCUCCGGUUGGCGAGCUUGAUCAUGAUUUGGACACUGCCGAAUACUAUGCACUGUUGAAACGCGGUAUAAAUGGGAUCCAUAGCCCUUCAAGUGUCGAUAAUAGAACAUGCUACGCUCACCCAAACGCGACGAUUCUGCUUAUCGAAGAUUCUUUGGGCAAAGCUAGCAUCAAUGACCUGGACCUGUCAAACUUACAAUUUUGA